AUGGAGAAGUAUGGUUUUGGUUUGACUCGCAAGGAAGUGCUUGAAGUCGUUGGUCAAUAUGUGGUCGAAAACAAUAUCGAAACCCCGUUCAAGAACGGUACUCCAGGAGAGGAUUGGUUCCUUGCUUUCAAAAAAAGACAUAAUCUUUCCGUCAAAAAACCACAGCCGGUAGAAUAUGCACGUAAAAAAGCAUGCAACCCUGCUGUAAUUUAUCCUUAUUUUGAUUUACUGGCGAAAACAAUUGAUGAUUUAGGUUUACGUGAUAAACCGUCACAUAUCUGGAAUGCUGAUGAAACUAGUUUUAGUAAAGACCCGAGCAAAUCAAAAGUAGUAGGACUCCGAGGCUACACGUCAACCAGAACCAUCUCAUCUCCAGGAAAGACUAAUACUACAGUACUUUUAGCGUGCAAUGCUGCAGGUGAAAAAGCGCCGCCGCUAAUCGUGUUUAAAGGGAAAAGCGUUUGGGACACAUGGACGUCAGAAGAUGGGUACCCCGGAACUCGAUAUGCUGCGACUUCAAAUGGCUGGAUGGAGUCGUCAGUAUUUGAAAAUUUUAUUCAAAAGAUUUUUUUGCCAACUGUUGGAGAGAAACGCCCUAUCCUCUUACUUUAUGACGGUCACUCUACACACUUGGGUAUUAACAUCAUACAAAAAGCACGAGAGGAAAAGAUAACAAUUAUGAAAAUCCCACCUCAUACAAGCGACAAUUUGCAGCCAUUGGAUAUUGCCGUGAACAAAUCGUUUAAGGAUAAAUGGGACGUCGAAUUAGUAAAGUGGCAAAGAUUAAACGUUGGCAAAGUUUUGCCAAAUAAAGAUUUCUCAAGAAUUAUAGGACAAGUAUGGGGUCAUAUCAAUCCCCUUGUAUGUGCGGCAGGUUUCCGUAAAGCUGGAAUAUAUCCGUUAAAUAAAAAUGCCAUCCCUGAAAAUAAAUUUGAUCCAAUUCUAUUAGCUGAAUGGAAAAGAUCUGCAAAACUGACGAAGAAGACGAACGAAGAGAUGAGCGAAAGACCAAAAACCUCAGUAGAUCAACCUGAUAAACUUAGAAAAAUAGCACUAGCUUCUGUUAAUAAAAUAUUAUUUGAGGCACAAGUAGCUCCUCAACAUAUUUCAAUGCAUACAAUCUCUUUAGAAAAUGUCUGUCCCAUUUCAAUAAAUGAUGUUUUGAAUAAACGGAGUCAAGGAAAAGACGCACCAUUGGCAAACAUCACCAAUGUUCAACAAUGUUCAAAGGUUCAGAUUCUUGAUAACCAACCGGUAAUUACCAAUAUUACAUUUGAACAGUUGCUCCUAAGGUCUGUUAAACCGGGAAUAUUAUCAUUUAUUGCAAAAAGGAAGAAAGUAGCGGCUGGCGCGGAAGUUAUCACCCACGACGAAGCGUAUGAAAGAUGUAAAGUAAUGGAAGGAGAAAAACAACAAAAGUUACAAAAACAACAAGAAAAAAAAGUACAGCGAGAAAAACAGAUACAAGCAAAAGAAGGGGAUAGUGAGAAUAAAUACAACAGUAUACCGGGACCAUCAGGUCUUAAUAGGAAGAUAAAAAACAAAGACAAAUUUGAAACGGCAAUAAACAAAAAUAAUAAAAUGUCAGUUACAAAUUGUAAAAUUGGUAAAAACACUGGAAAAAAAAGUCAAGUAAGUUUGAAGGAAAAUAUGAAGAAUGUGAAAUUUCGUGCAAAGAAAAAAUACAGAAAAAGAUCUUCAUCUACCAGCGUAUCCGAUUGCGUCAGCUUGCAUGAUGAUUCUGAUAUUGUAGACUUAAUUGAUGAGGACUCAGAUUUACCUGAGGAAGACUUUGACAUUAUUAGAAAUUUAGGUUACAUAAACUUUAUUCCAGACCUUGAAAAUAAUAACAUUACUGAUGAAAAAAACAAAGUAACAGAGACUGUUAUUGGAUCAGGAAUAAGGACAAUACAGGCAGAGUCAGUUAUUAGUAAUAUAACAAAUGGAAGAAAAAAGGCGACAGAAAUAGUUACCGGAUCAGAAGAAAGGAAAAUGGCGGCAGAAGCAGUUGAUAGCAACUGGGAUGAGAAAAUAGAGAAGGAAGGACGUAAGGAAAUGAAUUAUGCAAUUAACAACAAUGUGAUGGUCAGGUACUACACUAGAAAUAAAUGGACAUAUUAUAUUGGCUAUAUAACUAAUAUAAUAUCUCCACAUCCUAGUUGCAGUGUCGUAACUUAUGAAAUAAGGUUCUACAAAACUUACAAAAAUCCAUUGAAAUUUAAACUUACUAAAAAAGUAGAUCGUGAUACUGUUCCGGAAUUGUCUAUAGUUAAGAAAGUUCACCUGCUUCAAGAUCCUAAAAACUCCAACGAGUUUCUUCUUUCACAUGAAGAAGAUUUAGUAUAUUUUUCUUAA